AUGGGAGUAUUGGCCGGAGGUCUUCAUCAUGGUAAGAAGCAUGAGGCAAGCGGGUUCUGUUAUAUAAAUGAUUGUGUCUUAGCUGCAUUAGAGUUCCUAAGAUUUAAACAUCGAGUUUUAUAUGUUGAUGUGGAUAUACACCAUGGAGAUGGAGUAGAGGAAGCAUUCUAUACCUCACCAAGGGUAUUAUGUUGUUCUUUUCAUAAAUAUGGUCAUUUUUUUCCUGGUACUGGGGCAUUAGAGGAUAUAGGCAUGGAGGAAGGAAUUGGUUAUAGUGUUAAUGUUCCUCUACAUGAAGGAAUUGAUGAUCAAAUGUACUCCUCUCUAUUCGUUAGGGUGAUGGAUCAGAUAAUGGAUAUAUAUCGUCCUGAGGCGGUUGUUCUUCAAUGUGGUGCGGACUCAGUAGCAGGAGAUCGAUUAGGUUGCUUCAAUUUAUCCCUUGAUGGUCAUAGUGAAGCUGUCCGCUACUUUUGCAAGGCGGGUGUUCCUGCAAUAUUUCUUGGUGGUGGAGGAUACACCUUAGGGAAUGUACCAAGAUGUUGGGCUAAAGAAACAGGAUAUAUUCUUGGUGUUGAUCUCGAUCCAAAAAUACCUGAGAAUUGUAUCUAUCGUGGAUAUUAUGGGCCAAAUUAUGAACUAAAAAUUCGCACAACGAACAUGGAAAAUCGCAAUGACGAGAAGUACAUUGAUUCUAUUGUGUACGUCUUCUACCCAAUUAUGAUCAUAUAUUACCCAUCCUUCGUUGAUAUCUUUCUGACUUACGAUUUUCCGGAUGAAGAAAAAGAAACCGGAGUUGUUUUACAGAGCGAUCUCGAAGAAAACGCUGAUAAAAAUGGUGAUGUAGAAGAAGAUGCAGAACAUUUUUGCGUGAGUGACAACCGCGAUCGCGCAUAA